AUGGCUGGCAAGAAGAUCAUCAAGAAGGGCAAGAAGGCUGGCGGAAAGAUCGUCUCAGGCGACGGCGAGAAGGGAUCACCCAAGGUGUCGCCAAAGACGUCGCCAAAGCUGCCGCCCAAGGAGUCUCCCAAAACCUCACCAAAGUUAUCGCCCAAGGAAGCGAAGAAGGCGAAGAAAGCUGCUGCAAAAGCAAAGCCAGAUGCACCGGCAGAAGAACACUUCAAAAAGCACCUCCUACGACUCAGGAGCAAGUUCUUCGGCAACUGGCAUGGGCUGGUGGUGAUUGAUGACUGUAGAGCUGUAGAGGUCAUCAGAAUCAUCAAAGAAGCCUUGAAGAAUCCUGAGGCUCAGAAGAAAGGUGUGGCGUGGACGCCGAAAGAUUGGCCGACCAAGUGGAAGCCCAUCUUGGGGCGCAGCAGAAGGCGCAAUGACAAAGGCCAAGUGGGAGAUCGAGCUGCAGAAGGCUUGGGUCACCGCUUGGGGGCCUACGGCUCAUUCUCACAGACCAAUCAGGCCCUUGCCAGCGCGCCUAAGCCCGAGAGCGCGCCGAAGGGGGAGAAGAGAAAGGAAUUUGAGACAGCUGUGCUGGGUUCGAAGGUUCCUUGCCCACUUGUCGUGCCAGUAGCAGAGAACAAGAUGAAGGCGAAGAAAGGAAAGGGAGGCGUAAACGAUCAGCACCUUUCCAGUCGUGCAGCCAGCUUGGCUGAGAAGGGAAAUGCGGCGGGAAUUGCUU